UUUACAGAAAUAUUUUACAAUUGCGGAAGGUAAGGUGGGAAUGGAUCGUUCCUUUUCGACUCGGUCACACUUGAAGCGUGGGACGAGAACUGUUGGAUUGAAUAGCAGUUCCAUAACGCCACACGGAAAAAACCAUACAUUGGUGCAAGUUGGCAAAGGAUGUCCUUCGUAUUCCGAUUUGUCCAAAGAUGCGGAUGCAGCAAGCUUUCUACCUGUACGAAUGUGGAAUGAUUGGGCUUGGCUGGUACGAGACGCAAAAAUCGUUGUGUGGAGGCAUACCUCUUCCAAGGAAGCUGUGCGUUCGGGGAUUUACGAAUUCGGACUUCCAGACACUGGACUGAUUCACAAAGUCGACCUCGUUCAUGUGUUCUCUGACCCUACGAAUCCGGAUUCUGUUGCUUGUCUCGCCGUUUUGCCCGAAGGCAAACUCGUCCUUUGGCCUGACAUCCUCAGAACUUCACCGAGAAUCGAAAUGAUACUUGAUCUUGGGGGACAAGAAUGCGAAGGUUUGGUUCCUGUUUGGCCAGUUGGUUGUUUGCUGACGACCACGUCAGGAAAUGUGAUUCUGCUAGCACCCGAUCUCGAGUCAACACCCGAAAAAGUCGAGUAUCGUCCACUACGGGUCUUUCAAGGCAUGUUUGCUGGUGUCCGUCAUCGUCUAGCGAACAUGAUUUUCGGGCAUUCAAUGGAACAAGGUGUUCAAAAGAUCGUGCGGGUUGCAGCAGCAUGGAAUGAUGAUGCGUUAGAUGUGUAUGUCAUGGUUGGGUCGAUUUUGCGGAAAUGGUGCGUUACUCCGACUCUGGACGGAUACGACAAUCUGGUCGCCGAAUGUCACAUAGAUUCUUUGCUGAGAAAGGCCUAUGGAGAACAGUUGAAGCUAUCGGAAGAUCGUGUUUGCACUUGGAUUUUGGAUAUGACAUGGAGCCAGGCAGGUGUUGUUGUUCUCGCUGGAGGUGCAAAGGUCGACUCGCAAGACGAUGGAAUUCAUGUUUGUGUCGGUUUCCUCGAUGUUGGGAACGAAGAUGUUCCCGCGAGGUUCACCAAACUCUUGGAUGUGAGACGCGAAGUUGUUUCAUCGAAUUUCGAAGCGUCUUUAUCGGCGCAUCGUCUUCUUGCUGCGGGCGGGUUCCUUGCAGUGUAUCAUCCGACAUUCUUGUGUUGCCUUUCCGUUGACAAAGGUGUUGGGAAGAGGAUGACGUGUUUUCAAAUCGAAAAUGAUACGCUGGUUGGCUGGGGAGUCGCGGGAGAGUCGAAUGAUGAAGCUGCGUCUCUGUACUUCCAUUCUGCGAAUGCAGGAACUUUCAAGCUGUUGAGGAAUUACGUUUUGCCGCAAACGGAAGAGUUUUCAGCAAGUAUGCUGGACGCGUCUUCACUGCGAUCAAUGGAUGCUUCGGAGAGAUCAAUCAGGGAUGAUCGCAGCGUUUGUGAGGAGAGCGUAAAAACUGAUGUGGAUCGUUUCGAAACUGAAUCAACAUCGAGUGUGUUCGGUGGACACCGAGCACCGGCCAUUCGUCGGAUAAACAGGAAGGCUAUAGAUGCCAUGUGCAAUUGCGACGACAGCUCAGUCCGGUUGAAGGCUGCUGUCAUUUUGUAUGCCGCGGAUGAAGAGAUCGUUGCCAGAGAGAUCCUCAGCAAGAUGUUGCCUCAGGGCAUGAUGCAGCAGUGGGCCGGAUCAUGCGAUGCCUUCUUGGACAAAACCGUGAUCGCUUGCUCGCGAGAUAACAUCCUGGACGAUUAUCCGACGCAUGAUCCAAGAUGGAGUUCCAGAAUCGGUCCAGGAACCGGUGGUGUGACGAAUUCUAUGGUUUUGAUGCAUCAAGUCAAAGACAAGAGGAAAGUGCAUAAUAUCUUCAUGGAAUUCCUCAUGAGCACGAAUCUCAUGACCGUUCUGGCGACGGUGAACGUUGAUCAGAGGGUGAUGGCCACGUGUCACGUGUUGGCAGAAGAUGCAGAAAAGCUUUGUGUUGCUGAAAUGUUGCUCACUCUGCGUCCAAAAGUCGGCCACGUAUUUGACGAAUUGCUGAAGGCAAUUAACGUGGAACGAAGUGAAAAGGAGAGGUCUAUUCCGAAACUGGAGCUGUUUUUCCGGAAAAUUUCGAGCGUUGGUAAAUUUUUUACUCACGGUUUACACGAGUGGCAGAAGAUUUCUUCGGAUCCGCAAUUCGACGUUGAGAAUGAAGUCUGGCGCUCACAAGUCAUUUCCUUCACUAAGCUUCUCUCGACUUGUCUCGAGUCGGUGAUGGAUAUGAGGAUGGAGAAUCCGGAUUUGUACGUUAUACCGGAGAAUAUGGACUUCCAUUGGGAGUAUGUGCCGUGGACAUCAUCGAAGGACUUCAGAAACAUGAUCAUUCGACAGCUGGAAAUCUGCGUGCAAAGCGGUGGGUUCGACCCGCGCAAGGGAGAGUUGUACGUGGCUUUGGAGAGACCCGUACAAAUCCUGGUUGACUUCCUGUUGGACGGCUACAAGAAGCAGCUGGAUUCCAUGCCGAAGCAAGGUCGUUUUGACGCUGUGCGCGAGGAGUUCUUGAAACUGAGGAAGCAGUACCUUGUGUUGCUUUGUGAUCGUCGAGACUGCGAAGACUUCGCGUUGCGGAAGGCGGAGGAGUAUCGGGACUUUGAUCUCAUUUGCAAGAUUGGUUUCAGGAGCAGUGAUUGGACCUUGGUGAAGAACUUUUGUGACCUGUUUGCAGAUGAGAAUUUUGCGGAACACGCGUUUCUAUGGCUUUUGAAGAACAAGCGACGCGGAGAUGCGCUCAAAUUUGCGCUUGCAAUCCAAUGUGAAGAAACUAUCAAGAAAUUUCCCAACAUGUAUUGGGCGUAUCUCGGAGAGCAGAAUCGAUACCAAGACGCUGCGAAAGUCAUGCACACGGCUGCGAUGCGGGAAGAUACUUAUGCCAAAAGAAAACUGAAAAUGUUGGCUGGUGCCCGAUUGUUCUUGGCGUUACUACAAAAGCAGCGUAGCCCAGGAAUGCUGUCUUCAGACGAACAAGAAAUGUCAGCUGAAAUCCAGUACGAAGCCGAGAUCUUGCAAUACCAGGAACGGGUACCGAAACCGGUACUGGCGAAUUUCGGGAUGAAGAGCUUUGAUGAAGGAGCACCACCUAUGAACAUUUCCGACAUCAUUCAGGUUUAUGCUUCGACGGAAAAUGCCGAAGCCACGCCGCAAAUGUUCGCGGAAACAUUCAGGGCUUCUUGUCUGCUCCGUUUCAAUCGCGGGAAAGUGCAGAGGUUGAGGCAAUAUAUCUGGUGUUGCGCAAUGAAGAGGGAUGAUUGGAAAAAGGUCGGUGUCGAAGAAGAAGAAAUGCGAAAAACUUUCGCUUUCAGAGUCGCAGAAGAAGCUUUUGACGUACAGCCAUAUUUUUCAGACGACGUGAAAUUGGCGUGCAUCGAUGCUUUGGCAGACAUAACAACGUGUGAAGAAUUGGGCCCCAUGCGAGGAUCUGAUGAUUUCACGUACAAGCUCGGCAUAUUUGUGGAACUUGUGGCAAAUAAUUUCGGCAUCGUUCAAUGAGCGAUUCGUUCAUCCAUGCGUCUCUUUUUUUUUAUCGAUUUCCGUAUCGAAUUCUGCCAAAACCGUUUUUUGGUUCUGGUAAAUGUAUUUUCUUCAUGAGUGAA